CAGCGAGAAGGAGACUAGGGAGGGAGAAGAUCCUCUGAGGACAGUUGCUUGUUCUGCAUGGCUGUUUAAUUUCAUGUUUGCUCCCAAAUCAACAGAGAAAAACGUGCUCCAUCAAACUAGGAUUUUACCCUCGGCUGCAUCUUUUCAAAGUGUGACAGCCUUUGUAAAGUGCGGAAAGCUGGAUACUGCAGUGACCCUAGGAUAUAAAAGGAAUGUCCAGAGCACAACAGAGGCAAGCUCACUCCAGGACAGGUACUCUCUGACGGAGGCCAAACUCUGAGGUGGAAGAGGCUGUAAAGAGGCCCCAAGGGAGCCUCCCACCCUCCCUACCGAACCAGUGAUAGACAUCGAGCGGCCAUGGCUCCUCGGAAGCGCGCGGGAGGCGGCAGCCGCGGUGGCUUCUCUUUGUUCUUCUGCUGUUUCAACAGCAACGAUCACCCGGAGAUCACCUACAAGCUGCGGGAGGACUUUGCCCUGCAGACCAUGGAGCCAGCACUGCCGAUGCCGGGAUAUGAUGAACUGGAUAGCAUGUUCUCUGAGUUGGUGGAUGAACUUGACCUCACAGAGAAACACAGAGAAGCCAUGUUCGCCCUGCCUGCAGAGAAGAAAUGGCAGAUUUACUGCAGCAAGAAGAAGGAACAAGAAGAAAAUAAAAGUGCAACUAGUUGGCCAGAAUAUUAUAUUGAUCAGCUCAAUUCAAUGGCAGCUAGAAAGACACUCCUCGCUCUGGAGAAGGAAGAUGAAGAGGAAAGGAACAAAACUAUAGAGAGCUUGAAGACGGCUCUGAGAACCCAGCCUAUGAGGUUUGUGACUCGUUUUAUUGAUCUGGACGGCUUGACAUGUAUCCUGAACUUCCUGAAGAGUAUGGAUUACGACACCACAGAAUCACAGAUCCACACGUCUCUAAUUGGCUGCAUCAAAGCCCUGAUGAACAACUCGCAGGGCCGUGCCCACGUCCUGUCUCACUCCGAGAGCAUUAACAUCAUUGCUCAGAGCCUGGCCACAGAAAACAUUAAGACUAAAGUGGCAGUGCUGGAAAUAAUGGGUGCUGUAUGUCUGGUGCCUGGUGGGCACAAAAAAAUCCUGGAGUCCAUGCUGCACUACCAACGGUUUGCCUGUGAGAGGACGCGCUUCCAGACACUUAUAAAUGAUCUGGAUCGAAGUACGGGGCGAUACAGAGAUGAGGUCAACCUGAAAACAGCCAUCAUGUCCUUUAUUAAUGCUGUGCUGAGUCAAGGAGCUGGCGAGACUAGUCUGGAAUUUCGUAUCCACCUCCGAUAUGAGUUUCUCAUGCUGGGGAUCCAACCUGUGAUUGAUAAGCUGCGUUCACAUGAAAACUCCACUUUAGACAGGCAUUUAGACUACUUUGAAAUGCUGCGGAACGAGGAUGAGCUGGCUUUGUCAAAACGGUUUGAGUUGGUACAUAUAGACACCAAAAGUGCAACACAAGUUUUUGAUCUCAUCCGCAAGAAGCUGAACCACACUGAUACAUACCCGCACUUUAUGUCUGUGCUCCAUCACUGUCUGCUUAUGCCGCACAAGAGAAGUGGUAACACGGUACAAUACUGGCUGCUAUUGGACCGUAUUGUCCAACAGAUGGUCUUGCAGAACGACAAGGGCCAUGACCCAGACAUCGCACCGCUGGAGAACUUUAACGUGAAGAAUGUUGUCAGGAUGUUGGUCAAUGAAAAUGAGGUGAAACAGUGGAAGGAACAGGCAGAGAAAAUGAGAAAAGAGCAUCAUGAGCUGCAGCAAAGGUUUGAGAAGAAGGAGCGUGAAUGCGAUGCCAAGACACAGGAAAAAGAGGACAUGAUGCAGACUCUCAACAAAAUGAAAGAGAAGUUGGAAAAGGAGAGCAACGAGCACAAAAACGUCAAACAGCAAGUGGCCGAACUUACUACGCGACUGCAUGAACUCAACACUAGGCAAGCAGCAGCUGUUGUUCCUGGCAGUCCUCCCCUCGCCCCCGGUCCCCCUGGUGGCCCUCUGCCUCCUCCGCCAAUGCCAGCAUUUGCAGGCAUGUGCCCACCUCCCCCGCCACCUCCUGGCGGUAUGAUGCCUCCUCCACCUCCCCCGCCACCUCCGCCAGGUGGCCCUCCACCUCCUCCUGGACGCCCACCUACUGGAGGCAUCCCUCCCCCACCAGGAGCACCUUUGGGACUUUCUCUGAAGAAGAAGAUCAUUCCUCAGCCAUCGAAUCCACUCAAAUCCUUCAACUGGUCCAAGCUGGCUGAGAAUAAACUGGAGGGCACUGUGUGGAUGGACGUGGACGAUGCCAAGGUUUUCAAAAUCCUGGAUCUGGAGGACAUUGAAAAGACCUUCUCAGCUUAUCAGAGACAGCAGGACUUCUUAAUGAUCAAUAACAUCAAACAGAAAGAGGUGGAAGACGACACCUUGAGCUCUAAGAAAGUGAAGGAGUUGUCGGUCAUUGAUGGCCGUCGAGCUCAAAACUGUAACAUCCUUCUCUCUCGACUGAAGCUUUCAAAUGAGGAGAUCAAGAGAGCCAUUCUCACUAUGGACGAGCAUGAAGACCUUCCCAAAGACAUGCUGGAGCAGCUGCUGAAGUUUGUUCCCGAGAAGAGUGAUGUGGAUCUCCUGGAGGAGCAUAAACAUGAACUCGACCGAAUGGCCAAACCCGACCGCUUCCUCUACGAGAUGAGCAGAAUAAACCACUACCAACAGAGACUGCAGUCCUUGUACUUCAAAAAGAAGUUUGCAGAGAGGAUAGCUGAGAUCAAACCCAAAGUUGAAGCUCUGACCAAGGCAUCCAAGGAAAUUUUACACAGUAAAAACUUGAAGCAGCUUUUGGAGGUGGUGCUGGCUUUUGGAAACUACAUGAACAAGGGUCAGAGGGGCAAUGCUUAUGGCUUCAAAAUGUCCUCACUUAACAAGAUCGCGGAUACCAAAUCCAGCAUCGACAAAAACAUCACCCUGCUGCAUUAUCUGAUCACCAUCCUGGAGAAGAAAUAUCCCAAAGUCCUGAUGUUCCAGGAGGACUUGAAGAAUAUCUCAGAGGCCGCCAAAGUCAACAUGACAGAGAUGGAAAAAGAUAUCGGCAACCUGCGGAGUGGCUUAAAAAGUGUUGAAAGUGAGCUGGAAUACCAGAAGAAACGUCCGCAGGAGCUGGGUGACAAGUUUGUGUCUGUGGUGAGCCAGUUCAUCACUGUAGCCAGCUUCAGCUUCUCCGAUGUGGAAGACUCGCUCACUGAGGCUAAAGAACUGUUCCUGAGGGCAGUGAAGCACUUUGGUGAGGACGCCAAUAAGAUGCAGCCAGACGAGUUCUUCGGCAUCUUUGACCAGUUCCUGCAGUCAUUCACAGAGGCUCAGCAGGAAAACGAGAACAUGCGGAAACGCAAGGAGGAGGAGGAGCGCCGGGCCAAGAUGGAAGCUCAGCUCAAAGAACAGAGGGAGAAAGAGCGGAAGGCCCGGAAAGCAAAAGCGAACGGAGAGGACGAUGGUGGCGAGUUUGAUGACCUGGUGUCAGCGCUACGAUCAGGCGAGGUCUUUGACAAGGACUUGUCCAAGAUGAAACGCAACCGCAAGAGGAUCAACAGCCAGAACACGGACUCAAGCAGAGAGCGACCGGUCACAAAGCUCAACUUCUAAGCUUGAUAACUGUCGUCAUCCCUCCUGCACACUUCCUCCCCUCUUCACCAUUAGCUUCCCUUUGGGUCAGACCGACCUGCACAUUCCUCUGCAGCCUCCUCCACUACCACCCAGCUCGGCUUGGAUAAAGCAUGACCUCGCUGUAGAGCCACACACAGCACAAAGUGUUUAGACCUUUCAUCCUAUGAAAUUUUGAUAUGAGAGGGAGCAGAAGCCAAAAGUUGAUUAAAGUUUGACCAAAUCAGAUCUGUUCAGAUGAAGCUGCCAUUCAGGAGAAGAGCUUCCCUCCAGGUGUGGGAGUUAACUCCUGGUUGUUUGACAAGAUCCGUUCUGUGCUGUUUUUUGUACAUCAGAAUCUAUGCACAGAGUUAAAUGUGCAGCUUUUAGACUCUUUCAGGGCUGGAUGCUUGAUCCAAACAUGACUGAUUCCAUUUUUUUUUAAAAGAAAAAAAUAAAUGAGGGGCCAUUUUGUACAGACUGAUUUCAUAGAAAGAGAAGGGCUGCUUGCACCUGCCCAUACUAUCCCAGAUGGACUGAACCUCAACUUCCUCAAGAUGCUGCUGCUGUCUUCCAGUCAGAAUCAACAGGACUAAGACGCUGCAUUAUUGGAUGUGGUUUUAACUGCAAGUGAAAGCUGAGAGGCAGUUUUUUUUCAUCUUCAUUGACAAACAGCAUUUAUAGAUAAAUAAAUAUAUAUGUGUAUUAUCUCUGUAUGUUUUAUUUGAACAUUUUCCUGUUAAGAGCUGGCCUUAACUCUGUUGAUUUUAAUUGUUGAAUGGGUACUCUCACAGGUCUGGGCCUAACCUGUGGAAUCUCAAGUGUUGACACAUGUCAUAGAUCACAUAUAUCCACAUAUAAGGGUGUGUGCAUUGUCACAUGCACAUAGGAAUAUAUAAUUAUUAACUGCUAGAAACCAUUUAAACUAUACCUAGUUAAUGCAGCACAUUGCCCCCCUCCCAACCCAAAGAGAGUGCCCUGUUCUAUUGUCUUGAUUUGACAAAUGAAAUGUGUUUUCAGUGCGCUGGAUGGAUUUACACUACAUUUAAAAACAAAAAAAAAAAAGUGAGAAAAAAAGCAGAACCCUCACAUGUGGAUGUAA